AUGGCCGCGCUGUCGGUGGAGGCGCUGCUGGCUCGCGCCGAGGAGCGCGAGGCCGAGACGCUGCGAAGCGUGACAGUGCGCAAGGAGCUGGAGCUGGAGUUCGACGCGGGCAACCUGCUGGCGGUGGACAAGAACCCGGUGGCGCGCGGCGUGGCGCGGGGCGGCGCGGCGCGCGAAGACCUGCUGCGGGCCUUGGCCCGCGACAACACGCAACUGCUGGUAGGCCGGCUGUGGGCGCUGCCCUCGGAGCGGGCCGAAGGGGGCGCGGGGCCGGUGCUGGCCCAGCUGCCCGAGCCGUCCACCCGCCUGCCGCGGGAGAAGCCGCCGCCCAAGCCCCGGCCCCCCACCCGCUGGGAGCAGUUCGCCCGCCUCAAAGGGAUCCGCCCCACGCGCAAGAAGCGCGGCACGCUGGUCUGGGACGAGGCGGCCAAGGAGUGGCGCCGCCGCUGGGGCUACCGCCGCGCCGGGCCCGACCCCAAGCGCGACUGGGCGCUGGAGGUGCCCGACGGCGCCGACCCGCUCCAGGACCAGUUCGCCCAGCGGCGCCGGGAGAAGCGCGAGCGGGUGGCGCGCAACGAGCUCAGCCGCCUGCGCAACCUGGCGCGCGCCCACCGCGGGGCCGCCGCCGCCCCCCAGCUGCACCCCACCGGCCACCAGGACCGCGCCGAGCUGGGCCGCGUCGCCGCCGCCGCCCGCCUCGCCACCGCCUCCCGCGGCCGCUUCCAGCCCCGCCUGCCCAAGGAGCCGCCCGUCGCCGGCAGCGCCGCCGCAGGCAGGAAGCGCCGCUUCGGGCCGGUGCUGGGAGACCUGGACGGCGAGAAGAGGCGCCAGCUGGAGCUGCUCCGGAGCCUGGCCGCCAAGAAGCCGCCUCUGGACCUCCCCCGCGCCGUCAACAAGCAGCUCCGCCACGAGGACGCCGAGGCCGCCGCCGCCAAGGGCAAGAAGCGCGGGCAGCGGGGCAAGAGGGGUCGCCGGCAGCAGCAGAGACCCGCCGGCGCCAAGAGCAAGAAAGGCGGCGGGGCGGCUCGCAGAGGGAGCCAGGGGCGGCCCGCAAGCCUCGGCGGCAAGAGGAGAAAGAAAUGA